AUGGAGGGAAUUGUGGACCGAAUGCAGGAUGAGGCCACUGGUGUUCCUGUUAGAACAGUAAAAAGUUUUAUGUCCAAGGUGCCAAGUGUUUUUACAGGACAAGACCUAAUAUUUUGGAUGAUGAAGAAUUUAGAUGUAGAUGACCAAGUGGAAGCCCUCCAUUUAGCCCACCUGAUGUCCUCCCAUGGAUAUUUCUUCCCAAUAGAUGACCAUGUUCUUACUGUGAAAUGUGAUAAUACCUACUACAGAUUUCAGACACCCUGCUUUUGGCCGUCUAAGUGUGGUGAACCUGAAAAUACUGAUUAUGCUGUAUAUUUAUGCAAGAGAACAAUGCAGAACAAGCAACGUCUUGAACUGGCAGAUUACGAGGCAGAAAACCUAGCCCGGCUUCAGAAAAUGUUUUCACGGAAAUGGGAGUUUAUUUUCAUGCAGGCAGAAGCUCAAGCCAAAGUUGAUAAAAAGCGUGACAAGUUGGAACGCAAGGUGCUGGACAGCCAGGAAAGGGCAUUCUGGGAUGUACAUAGACCUGUUCCUGGCUGUGUAAACACUACAGAGGUAGAUAUAAAAAAGGCUUGUAGAAUGAACAGACAUUCCAAGAUGUCACGGGUAGGUACAUGGCCAAAUUAUGCUGUCCCUGGUGGCCGACUCAGCCCAAGUGUAUCUGAGGUCGACCUAAAUCAUCCUGCUGAUAGUCUGCGUAAAGACCUCUUACAUGCUAUUGACCUGUUAAAGAAGAAAUUAGAAAAGAGAAGAGUAAAAAUUUCCAAAGUAACUGAAAGUUACACCUCCUAUUAUGAUCAGUAUGCAGAAUAUGAUGCUUUUUGUACCCCUGCUGACCCAACGAAUCCAUGGAUAACUGACAGUACUGAGUACUGGGAUCAAGAUAAGACUAUGAAUGCUAGAGAUAUACCAUUACGACGUGUUAAGAGAUGGGCAUUUUCUAUAGAGGAAUUAUUACGUGAUUUUGCAGGCAAGGACCAGUUUAGUAAAUUCCUCGAUAAGGAGUUCUCCGGUGAAAACCUCAAAUUUUGGCUAGCAUGUCAAGAACUGAAAUGUGUGAAAGUUGCUGAAUUACAUGAUAAAGUCCAUGAAAUUUAUUCUGAAUUUCUAGCCCCUGGUGCCCACAAUCCCGUCAACAUAGACGCGAGAAUAUCAGAGUUAGUAAGGAAACGUGUGGAUGAUAACCCUAACAGAUAUUGUUUUGCUGAAGCUCAGGACCACAUAUUCAAACUAAUGAAAAGUGAUAGUUAUGGGAGAUAUGUACGUUCAGAUAUGUAUAAAGACUAUUUAAGUGGCACAAGGAAAAAAGUAAGAUUACUCUUACCAUCCAUUGCGAGCAACUUCACCUUCAAGCAUACCUGACUUCAUGUAGCGUGCUAGGAUGUCAUUCUUUGUCGUCUUUCCGCCAUCUAUUUUUUACUGAUAGUGCCAUUCUUGUUAGACAAAACUAUUUUGACUGUCAUAUAGUAUUAUUGUAGUUGUCAACACUCAAAACUAAAAAAACCAACUGACACCUGUGUCAUAUCGUACAUUUUGAGUUUUUCAGCUGCAGCAAAUGUGACUUGACAUGAGCACUUUAAUGUAAGAUCAAACCCACGGACAAAAUUCCCCUUGAUGCUUCUCAUGGUACCCAUGCACAACAACCUACCAUAGCAAUCUCUUGCUGAAUUUACACAAAAACUUAGUUGAUGUAAGGAAUUUUAUUAUAUUAUGUAAUCAUUAACUUUUGACUUUAUUAAGUUUUUACAAAACUUGAUCUCAAAACAGAUAUUCAAAGAGAUUGUGUCUGUUUGUGCAAAAGUGAGAGUGGGGCAUUUUAUCCGGGUAGUAUUUUAUCCUCACACCAUGAGCACAUUAACUGCCAUUGUGUUAUUAGUAAAUGUACCAACUCAAUAAAUGUAGAACAAUUGCAGCCUAGAUGCUUCACUUCCAAUAGGGCUUUUGCAAUAUUGUAGUAUAUAAGCCCAUCAGAGCUACACUACAACUUGAUGAGUUUCGUGCACUUGGUUGCCAUAGUAACCAUUUUAUUAUAAUUGAAAAUAAUGACAUUAUUAUGGUUUUAGUCUGAAUGUUUUUAAAUUUAUAUAUCAAGUCUCUGUUAUAAUCAUCUUAAUGCAUGAUCUUUACUUUUUUUCUUACCGUCUUUUUUUUUUUUUUUUUUUUUGACAUGUAUACAUUAUUUUCAAAAAUUAAACAGUUGCUUUCAUUGUGCAUCAAUAGCUGAACAAAAAAUUAUUAUACAAAUUUAGUGCUUUAUUUCACAACUAAAAUAAAAUUCCUAAAGAGUAGAAUAAAGAAAAAGAAUUAAAAUCUGAACAUAAUUACAUUCUUGAUUUAUAUAUUAAUUAUUUCAAAUGAAACACUUACCUUUGAUUAUUUUCUUCGAAAGAAAUUCUACAUUGUAUUUAAAGUUAUGUAGUAAGGCACAAAAAUAUUAACUUUUGCAGCCAUAGAUCUAAUUUAAUGUAGGAAAUAUUAUGAUUAAGAAGAAAGUGACUUUGAACAAAUGAAGACUUUGAUCAUAAAUGUCAUUAAGUAUGUUAGUUUGCACAGUAAUCUGUUCCAGUGUUUCUUCCUUUAUACAUGUAUAUUAGCACAUUGCUCAGUAUAAUUUUCACUGUUGAUCAGCCCUUACCACGCUAAAUAUAAUUUUCACUGUUGAUCAGCCCUUACCACGCUAAAUUUAUAAUUUUCACUGUUGAUCAGCCCUUACCACGCUAAAUAUAAUUUUCACUGUUGAUCAGCCCUUACCACGCUAAAUAUAAUUUUCACUGUUGAUCAGCCCUUACCACGCUAAAUUUAUAAUUUUCACUGUUGGUCAGCCCUUACCACGCUGAAUAUAUAAUUUUCACUGUUGAUCAGCCCUUACCACGCUAAAUAUAUAAUUUUCACUGUUGGUCAGCCCUUACCACGCUAAAUAUAUAAUUUUCACUGUUGGUCAGCCCUUACCACGCUAAAUAUAUAAUUUUCACUGUUGAUCAGCCCUUACCACGCUAAAUAUAUAAUUUUCACUGUUGAUCAGCCCUUACCACGCUGAAUAUAUAAUUUUCACUGUUGGUCAGCCCUUACCACGCUAAAUAUAUAAUUUUUACUGUUGAUCAGCCCUUACCACGCUAAAUAUAUAAUUUUUACUGUUGAUCAGCCCUUACCACGCUAAAUAUAUAAUUUUCACUGUUGAUCAGCCCUUACCACGCUAAUUAUCUAAGAUGAACUUGCCUACCUUCCUAAAGACUUUUCACCAGAUUUAAGGAAAAUUUCAAAAUAUGUAUUGACUUGAUAGGGAACUUGAUAUCUACAGGCUAUGAUCAGAUGGCAUAGAUUUGCCGGCCCAUCUUGUUCUGCACUGGUCACAUGGAUAUAUAAUGUAACCGCUCUCAGAAAAGCCGUUGUGAUUGAAUUACAAUGACAAGUUUGUCUUUAAUCUAGAAAUAUAACUUGAAAAAUUAUUUUAUUUGUUUUAUUUAUGAUUAUUUUCAAAUGUCUUUCAUUUUGCUGUUGAUAAACACAAGAAAUAAGAGAAUCAAUCUUACUGAAAAUAUUCAAUAUUGAUAUGUAGUGCUUUGCUUGAUAGUCAUUGUGAAAAAAAAAUGAGAAAAAUAUCAUAAACAGAAGUAAAGGAAAUGAGGAAACUGAUUGUUUUAGGCAAUUAGUUUGUAAACAGCUUCUUUGUCUCCUUGUUGUUGUAAAUAAAAUGUAAAUAACACAAGAAACUGAGGAAUAUCAUGUGCGAAACAUGCUCUGUUAUAAAUUCUCACUGCCUUUAUUUUCCUUUUUUUGGUCAAACUGGCAUUUUUGGUUAAAAAAAAAAAAAACUAUAACUUUCUAUUUUGGUCAUACUGACAAUUAUAGUUAUGAAGUUAACUUUCCUUUCAUAUUUUGGUCGUACUGGCAACUCUAAUCAAGAAAUAAGCUAUCCCUUACUAGUUUGGUCGUACUGGCAGCUUUGGCUAAGAAAUAAACUAUCCCUUACUAUUUUGGUCGUAAUGGCAGGUCUGGCUAAGAAAUUAACUAUCUCUUACUAUUUUUGUUGUAAGAAAUAAACUAUCCUUUCUUAUUUUGGUCAUACUGGCAGCUCUGGCUAAGAAAUAAACUAUCCCUUACUAUUUUGGUCGUACUAGCAGCUCUUGCUAAGAAAAUUACAACACUUUACUAUGGUCAUACAGGAAAUUCUGGUUAUGAAGUAAACUAUCCUAUCAUAAUUUACUGGAAGUAAUGGACUAUCCUGUCCUACUUUGGUCGUACAGGAAGUUCUGGCUAUGAAAAAACUUUAACGCAGUCAUAAAACAAUUUAUAACCAACUUACUUUCGGAAGUCUAUUAACUACAUGUAACAUGUCUGUGAGAGACAAAUAUCGGGAUUUCAUAAGCUGAUAUCGGGAUUAGGGUCUCAAUAUCGGGAUUUUUUAAAAUCCCGUCAGGAUAUCACAUGUAUGCAUGUUGACUGUGCAGAUAUGCCGCCUGUAUAUAGAACCAGUCCAAUCUUCACAGGUGACAAGACCUGUUGACUGUCGUCUGCUGAGUGUUUUGAUCUUAAAAUCCCUGAAACUAGCAACAGAAUUAUCCAACAUUUAAACAAAGGUAAAACAUUACACUAGAUGAUAGGAGAAAAUGUUCAUUAUAAUUGAGAGAUCUUGAAUAUCACUUCCUGCAAUUCAAAGUUUCAGUCAUUUUUUAUUUAUUUACUUGUGUACAUUUUGUAAAGUUCAUGCAUCUACCAUCAUAGUCUGUUAAUAACUACAUGUUUUUUGCUUAUAAUUGUACAUUGUUUACCUUUCUGUAUAUUUAUGAUAUUUUACUCAGAAAGGAUGUGUAUUUUUUUCCUGGCCUGUAAGAUAUGAUUGUAUGAAAAUCAAGAGGUUCGUUCUUUUCUUUAAGUGAUAUUAUCGCGUUGUUUAAACACCAAAAAUGAGUAUUAUAGAUUUAUAUGGAGAUUCUAUUUUAGAUAUUGAAGUUUGUUUUCCAUUUAGUCAUACAAUUUUCCUGAAUUUGUCUUUCAUUUCACAAUGAAGUUAGAAAAGUUUUUUUUCUUUCAACUAAAACUGAUAUACAUUGUACUGGUAUCCAUUUUUAAAAAAAGAAAAACUUCAGUGAAUUUAUUUGUUCAGAAAUUCUUUAAAAGAUGUAAAAAUUAUGUUUUAUUGUUGAAUAUGACUGUACAUAUUGUUAACAAAUGUCUCUAGUUUUUGUUAAAUUAGCAGUUUAUUAAAGUUAUUAUGAUCAAAUGAUGGAAACUCAUGUGCAUAGUCUGAUCAAAUAAUCAAAGAUUGAUUUAAAUUAUUGGGAUAAAAAUUGAUUGUUUAUGGCCAAAUAACUGAAACUAUUCUUUUCAUAUUUAUUACAAGUGAUGUCUUCUUUUUUUGAUCAAUUAAAACUGUUAAAAAGUUAUAUAUUCUGAGCAUGAUUUUUUUCACUGUCUGAAAUGAUAUAUAAGAUUAUACCUUAACAACUAUUUGAUAUUUUUUCAUGUGACUGAACAUUAUUUCUGUAAAAAGUAUUUUACGGUCUUCAUGCACGGGUUUAGUGGUAUUUUGUUAAUUACUGGUUCAUAAUUAUUAGGUUUAUCUCUUGUGAAUCGUGCCUCAAUAUUAUACUAUUACACUCAUACGAGGGUUGUUCAAAAAGUAAUAGGACUGAAGCUCUACUGUUCACAUUUUUUAAUUUACGCACAUAAUUUUACAAGAAGCAAAUAUUGGAACAUAUUUUCUGUAUACAGUGAAAAAAUUAAUACAAAAUGUUUACAAAUAACAAUUCUGUGAAAUUUUCAAAUGACAAGGGAUAUGAAACUCGGCGCAAGCUGACAAUACAAUAAUUGACGUUUAUGACGUCGUAAACUAAAUAUAAAAUAAAACGAGUGUCAUCCAUCCUGAAAGUAUUUUUCCUAGUGCUCUAUGUGUCUGAAUCAUGAGAUCAUGAUCAGGUCUCAUAUAUGGAGAUUAAGCGAGAAAGAAAGCGAUCACAAUUUCGUUUAACCCUCCAGGAAAAAUUCCCGAUAGGCGGUCAUUCUCCACUUUUCUCAAAUAAUUUAGUAAAAUUGGAACUCAAUAAGCAUUAACUUAUAAAGCUUAAGCAAAACCGAUUUAUAUUAUUUAUGUUCACAUGUAUGUCAUCAAAUGUUUUUAAAACAAUAUGAUUAUAUACAGUAAAAUAACAAUAUUUAUCAAUUGAAAAGUAUCAUUUAUUAAAACAAAAUUGGGGGAAAAUACUACUAUAUAUUAAUACUGUUAAUCAUUAUUAUAUUACUUUAUUAAAACCAAGUAUAUCUAAUGAGAUAAAAUAAAAUAGUAUUUGAUAGAAACGUCUUAUAUACAAUCCUUUGGUGAGACCUGAAUAAGUAGACCCGAAGCAGACAUAAAAAAUGCCGGACAUUUACCGUCGAAGCAUUUACAGUGCUUUUGCAAUUGACGUCACUCACGUCGCAUCAAUUUUCCGCUUUCAUCCUCACACAUUCCUGUGAGUGAUUUUGUAUUCGCCGUUUUUAAAUUGAUUGUACCAGCUAAAAACGAGUGUCCUGAUGGCAGGAUAAUUUUCCUUUCUUAAUGUUAUCAUUUUGUAAGUAUCUGGAAAAAUAUUGCCAAUUUGUUGGCAAAAUUUAACGAUUGCACGAAUUUCUGUUUGUUACCGAGUGCCGUAUUUCUACAUUUAACGCAAUGACCACGGCUAUUCAAAACUGAAUAAUUAUGCCAUUUCAUGCCCGAAUGACGUCAAAUUUAGAUUUAAUGUCACUUAAAUAUAGAUGAAUGUGUUGGUGGAAUAUAUUGACAAAAAGAGUAUAAAUUAUGAAUAAAUCAGAAGUACAACUUAGCAUCAAUGACUAUUUUCAUGUGCUGCGCCGGGUGCGUGUUACCAUGGUUAUUCAAUAUCACAGGAAACGCGCGUUCAUCACAAUAAAUCAAUAAACUUAUGCAUAAAUUGUAAAAAACAUUUUACGAUCCCUAUACAUAUGAAAAUAUUUUAAAUUGGAUGAAAUAUGAAUAUGCAAGCCUCUCAGUCCUAUUACUUUUUGAACAACCCUCGUAUAAACUACACCAAAGGUGUAAAACUACACCAAAGGUGUAUUCUAGCAUUUUGCUGCAAGUAUAUAGUAUUUAUAGAAUAAGUUAUGCAUGUUUUGUUUUUAAUUUUAUUAAACUGUGCUAUAUUUAAGCAAAAGGAAACAGAAAUAAUUAUGUAAAGAUUUGUAUUUUGAGACAAAAGUGUUUCAAUAAAACCAAAGAAUCAUGUAACUCAAAAGAAUUCUAUUUAUUUCAAUUUGCUACCUGCUUGAUGAUUUGUUUGCUCUAUAAUACCUCCUUUGAUUAAAUGUGAUAUUUAUUAUUCAGUAGAGAUUUUGAGGAAUGUUGCACUAUUUUUGUACUAUUUAGUAAGGAUCUCAUAAUGGCAAUAUUUAUUAGGCUAUAAAAAGAACUCUGCUUUAGUUGGUCAGUUUUAAGCAUGAAUCAGAAGACCACUUACAGAAGCCCUGUGUUUUGGGAAUUUUAUCAAUUUUGCUGCCAUGGCAACAAACAAACAAAAUACAACGUGAAAUUUUCAACUUGCUGCUUUCCUUACUUAUAAAACUAAAGUAGAAAAACAAAGUGAAACAUCAGCAUAUGCUAAUGUUGUAUCGCGAAAGUUUCUAGAAUUACAGUAAUGCAUGGUAAAGUGUACACUUGUUUCAUACCUCAAUUUCUCUAUAUUCAGCUGUUCAUCAGAAUAAUGAUAAUUUGUUUGUAUGUUUUACUAUAUAAAGUAUGUUCAGUUUCACCUCUGUUUAGAUUCCACCUGUAGCUAACCCCCAGAACUACAUUAUAAUAUACAUCAUUAAUUUGUAUCCGGCUUGGAAGCUUUGUAUUUGAAGCACACUUGUUUUAAUGCGCCAUGUCAAGCACUAUUAAAUCUGGCAUGUCAUUGUAAAAUCGCACUAACUGGCAGUUUAAGCUUGUUGAAAAUCUAUCGUAUAACUUGCCUAGUACGGGCAAUUAUAACUUGCCUUUGCCAGCAGUACGGGUAAUCUAACCAGGCUUCUCCUAUCUUAUUAACUGCUCAAAUUAAGCUUAAACCCCUUAACUAACAAAUGUGUUGUUCCAAAUUACAAGUAUAUAAAGAUAGGUGGGUAAGGAUACAUAACCUUGCCUUAUGAUUUAAGACUGUUUUGUUUGCUUCUUUUUUUUGAAAUAUGCAGUUAUGACAGGCUCAAAAGAAGCAAUGUCAUACCAAAUCAAGGGUUGACCGCAAAACUACAGUAACUUAUGUGAAAUAAAGAAAGACUUACAACAGUUUUGCGAUCAACCUUCAAAAUACACAGAAGUGCACAACAUAUACUUAUAUCUGUAUUUAGUAAUUAUCAUUCAGCACACCAAUAGAUCUUCGUUUGAGAUACAGAUAAUAACCAUUUGAUAUUGAAGAAUUAUUUCAGUUUUUAAUAAAAGACAUCUUAUUAUGAUUUCAUUCUUUAAUAAGGUUAUUUUUUCAUCAUCUGAAAAAUCCUGUAAAAAAAUUAUGUUUUUGUAGUCCUACAUUUUGACCAGAUAAUUAGCAUAUUUACAAACAACUGAGAAUUUAAAUUGGUUGACCAACUAUUAUAAUACGCAAAUUCUAUAAGUGACAUUUUGUAA